CCCCUCCUCCCUCCACCACCUCCUCUCCCCGUGCGCGCGGGCGGGCGGCGGGCGGCCUCGCACCACUCGAGCUCACUCGCGCCGGCAGCCGCCAAAGGCUUGCUCAAGAUCCAGCAGCCCCUGCCCGCCUGCCGGCCUGCUGCCCCCAGGGCCAGGGCACCGCCCGUGACCCGCGAUCUUGCCUCACCUACUCCUGGAUUCGAUCCCAUCCGGCCCCGUCCCUCUCCCCUCCCUUUCCAGAUCUCACCCCCGACCCAUGACCACUAGGGCCCGACGCCCACGCGAGGGGAGCACCACCACCACCACCACCUCCUCCGCUGCCGCCCAUGGCCCCGCCCCGCUGCGCUGAACGGCUUGCCCCGCGCGUCCAUGGAGGAUCUGGCCGCCGUUAGCUCCGCCGCCGCAGGGCUCACGCUCUUCGCCGCCGUCGCCGACGUCAUGGAGGAGGCCGCCGCUUCCGCCGCCGCGUUCGGGAUCGGCGCCGCGCUGCCGCCGCCCCCUCCCCCGGUGCAAGCGGACCGCGGGGGCGACGACGCCUCCGCCUGCGGGAGCCCGUGCUCCGUCACCAGCGACUGCAGCAGCGUCGCCACCGCCGACUUCGAGGGCUUUGCCGAGGUCGGCUCCGCACUCGUGCUCGACGACCUCGUCGCCGCCGCAGCUGCCGCGGUGCCUGAGGCCGCCUCCGGCCCCAGGAUCGCGGGGGCCGGCGCCAGGAGCGUCUUCGCGGUUGACUACGUGCCGCGCUGGGGGCUCGAGUCCAUAUGCGGUCGCCGCCCCGAGAUGGAGGACGCCGCCGUCGUGCUGCCGCGAUUCUUCGACGUGCCGCUCUGGAUGGUCGCGGGCGACGCGCCGGUGGACGGCCUCGACCGGGCGUCCUUCCGCCUUCCCGCGCAUUUCUUCGGCGUCUACGACGGCCACGGUGGCGUUCAGGUUGCCAAUUACUGCCGAGAGAGAAUCCACUCCGUACUGAUAGAGGAGCUCAGUAAGGCAGAGGAAUUAGUGUGUGGCGCUGACUUAAGUGGCCUGGAGUCUAAGAAGCAGUGGGAGAAGGCCUUUGUGGACUGUUUCAAUCGGGUUGAUGCAGAGGUGGGAGGAAAUGCGGCAACUGCCGCCAAGCCUGUGGCUCCAGACACCGUGGGGUCAACAGCGGUAGUCGCAGUCGUAUGCUCAUCACACAUAAUUGUUGCGAAUUGCGGCGACUCACGAGCAGUGCUCUGCCGGGGCAAGCAGCCCUUGGCGCUGUCGGUGGACCAUAAACCAAAUAGGGAAGAUGAGUAUGCGAGGAUUGAGGCGCAGGGUGGCAAGGUCAUCCAGUGGAAUGGCUAUCGGGUUCUCGGUGUUCUCGCCAUGUCCCGAUCCAUUGGGGACCGGUACCUGAAACCAUAUAUAAUCCCAGUCCCUGAGGUCACAAUUGUUGCCCGUGCAAAAGACGAUGAGUGCCUUAUUCUUGCAAGUGAUGGCCUCUGGGAUGUAAUGUCCAAUGAAGAGGUAUGCGAUGCUGCUCGCAGACGGAUACUGUUAUGGCACAAGAAGAAUGCAGAGGCGUCAUCAUCGGCCCAGAUAAGUGGUGAUUCUCCGGAUCAAGCAGCUCAAGCAGCUGCCGAAUACUUGUCUAAGCUGGCUCUCCAGAAGGGGAGCAAGGACAACAUAACCGUCGUUGUAGUUGACCUCAAGUCGCAUAGGAAGUUCAAGAGCAAAACAUAACCAUGGAUUCAGGAAGACAUGGACAAUAACAAUACUAGUUACUAGGAUGCUACAAAUGUGGGGGGAAUGACCCUGUUUAGUCUGCUGCACAUGUAAAUCGGUUAGCCCAGCACUGUCUUUUUCAGGUUUUCCACAACCAUAUAGGCUGCCACGUUCGUUCAGGGUACAGAUUACUACACAAGUCUAAUCUGGUUGGGGAUUGGGCUGACCAGAUAAGGUGAUUGAUCUUAUAGGGUCCAAAUUUGAAACAUGACAUACAUAUGUAGAGGUAGGCAUUACAGAUUGGGUCUGGACUCUGGAGCAUUGUUUUUGCUGACAGGUAAAAAGUACAAUAGAAAUUGCUAGCACUAAACUAUCUGAUCGGAAACUGUACUUGUGCUUUGAUAUCCAGUAGCAGAUCAGCAGUGCAAGAAUACUACUGUGGCGCCGUGGUAGUUUCUGCA